UUCACAUGCUGCUUUGGAGACUCUUUCACAGCUUUCCAAUUCAUCCACAGAGGUCCCAGAGCCUGAGCCUCUCCAGCAGGAGCAGGUGGCCUUUGGCAGUGGGGACACCGUGGAUCUGAUCUGCUCUCUGCCUGGAGGAGCCUCCACAGGCUGCACUGUCUGGUCUAAAGAUGGCACAAGGCUGGUAGCCUCCCACCGCAUCCUGGUGGGGCCCCAGAGGCUACAAGUGCUGAAUGCCUCCAGUGAGGAUGCGGGGGUCUACAUGUGUCAUCAGCAGCUCACUCGGGGUAUGAGGUGCCGUUUCACUGUGCAUGUGACAGAUGCUCCAGCCUUAGGAGAUGAUGAAGAUGGGGAGGAUGUGGCUGAUGACACAGGUGCGUCAUCAGGGGCCCCUUACUGGACUCGACCGGACCGUAUGGAUAUGAAACUGCUGGCUGUGCCAGCCACCAGCACUGUACGCUUCCACUGUGCAGCCGCCGGCAACCCCACCCCCUCCAUCUCCUGGCUGAAGAAUGGCAAGGAAUUCCGAGGGGAGCAUCGCAUAGGGGGCAUCAAGCUUAGGCACCAGCACUGGAGCCUGGUCAUGGAGAGUGCGGUGCCUUCUGAUAGUGGCAACUACACCUGCGUGGUACAGAACGAGUUUGGCAGCAUUCAGCAGACUUACACACUGGAUGUGCUGGAGCGCUUCCCACAUCGGCCCAUCCUGCAUGUUGGGCUGCCAGCGAACCAGACAGCCACUCUAGGCAGUGACGUAGAGUUCCGCUGCAAGGUGUAUAGUGAUGCCCAACCACACAUCCAGUGGCUGAAGCAUGUUGAGGUGAAUGGCAGCAAGAUGGGCCCUGAUGGCAAGCCCCAUGUCACCGUACUCAAGACAUCAGGCAUUAACACUGCUGACAAGGAGCUAGAAGUUCUGUCCUUGCGCAAUAUCACCUUUGAGGACUCAGGGGAGUACACCUGCCUGGCAGGCAAUUAUUUCGGGGUUUCCCAUCACUCUGCAUGGCUGGAGGUGCUGCCAGCUGAGAGAGAGCCAGCAGAGGGUAACGAGGCCGGCAGUUUAUCCGCGGGCACCAUCAUCUUCUGGGUGGGCUUCUCCCUCUCAAUUUUGAUGGCGGCAACUGUGACACUCUGCUACCUGCAUAGAGCCGCAAGAAAGGGCCUGGGCCCUCCUGCUGUUCACAGGAGUUCUCGAUUCACACCUGAGCGACAGGUGACCGUGGAGUCCUACUCCUCCGUGAACUCUGACAUACCCCUGGUCCACAUCGUCUACCCAUUCUCAAGAGAACAUACUGUUAUGGCUAAUAGUUCUGAGCUUGAGCUGCCUGCUGACCCAAAGUGGGAAAUAUCUAGAACUCGGCUGACACUUGGCAAUCCUCUGGGAGAAGGCUGCUUUGGCCAGGUUUUUAUGGCAGAGGUUAUUGGCCUUAACAUGGACAGCACUGCCAAGCCUGUCACCGUGGCUGUGAAAAUGCUGAAAAAUGAUGCCAAUAACCAGGACUUGUUGGCUCUGAUGUCUGAGAUGGAGAUGAUGAAAAUUAUUGGCAAGCACAAGAACAUUAUCAACCUGCUGGGGGCCUGCACACAGGGCGGGCCACUGUAUGUGCUGAUGGAGUAUGCAGCCAAGGGCAACCUACGGGAGUUCCUGCGGGCACAAAGGCCCCCAGGCAUGGACUACUCUGACACCUCCAGACUGGCAGAACAACAGCUUACCUGCAAAGAUCUAGUGUCCUGUGCCUAUCAGGUGGCCCGGGGCAUGGAGUACCUGGCUUCUCAGAAGUGUAUUCACAGAGACUUGGCUGCCCGAAACGUGCUGGUGACUGAGGACAAUGUGAUGAAGAUUGCAGACUUUGGCCUGGCUCGUGAUGUGCACAACCUGGAAUACUACAAGAAGACCACAAAUGGCCGGCUACCUGUGAAAUGGAUGGCACCAGAGUCCCUGUUUGACCGAGUCUACACCCACCAGAGUGAUGUCUGGUCCUUUGGAGUCCUUCUCUGGGAGAUCUUUACACUGGGGGGCUCACCAUAUCCUGGCAUCCCACCGGAAGACCUUUUCAAGCUAUUGAAAGAGGGCUACCGAAUGGACAAGCCUGCCAACUGCACACACGACCUGUAUGUUAUCAUGCGGGAAUGUUGGCAUGCAGUGCCUUCACAGAGGCCCACCUUCAAGCUUCUGGUAGAGGAUUUGGAUGGCAUCCUUACUGUGACUUCAACCAAUGUAUACCUGGACCUAUCGAUGCCUUUUGAGCAGUACUUGCCAGGUGGCGAGGAUACCAGUAACCCCAGUUGCUUAGAGAUGACUGUUCACCCACGACCUGCUGCCCCCAACCCAACUCAGGAAUUGGACACUUCAGAUGUGAGGGACAAAGAGUCCCACAGACCAAGUUCCAGCUAAUGCUUAUGCGGACUCUAGCUCACCCUGCUACUGUUGGUGCAUGGUGGACCCCAGCUGGACCAGUGUGAAGGAUGAAAAAUGAUGGGACUUGGUGUGUGUGUGUGUGUGUGUGUGUGUGUGUGUGUGUGUGUGUGUGUACACACAUACGCACACGUGCAUAUGCAUCUUUGGCUCCUGGGUGCAGCAUCCCCUUGGGACCAUGCAUUGCUGACUGGCCAGGGCCAGGAACACCAAAUGUAGAAUAUGAGAGGGCCCACCCCAUGCAAUCCUGUGGUUCUGGCUCCCUUGUUCCCCACUGUCACCUUGCAGGGACCAUUGCAGAGAGAGCUGGACUCUUGAGUCCAGGGUGUGCUUUAGUCUUGUACCCAAAGCUGAUCCUGCAGGGAAGCUCUGCCCAAUGUGGUGAUCCUCCCUCCUGCAUGAUACCUUGUGCCUGGAGUGAGUCACAGCUCCCCAUCCCCAGGCUUCCACCUUCCCACCUUGCCCCUCAGAGACUGAAAUUAUGGAUAUCUGAAGUUGGGAGUCAUUAACUUCUAUCAGAAAAGUUUAUUCCAGAAAGAAAUGUACCCUUAUACAGGUAGAUGUUGUGUGUGAUAUAUAUGCACAUAGGUCUAUACCUAUGUGGAGGAGGGCAAAACUGAGGCUCGGGAGCAGUAUACCCCUUGGGGCUCAUCAGUGAAAUGGCAAGAGUGUGUUGAGAAGCAAGGGGCUUUUCUGGCACUGCAGUUUGAUUUGUACCUGGCCCUUCACGUUUGUAGAGCUAUUAUUAACCCCAGAACCCCCAAUCUCCCAAUAUAGGUUUAUAGAAUUCAGCUAGAGUGUGGCAGAAUUUUAAGUUGUAACUUACUAAUAGCUGAAGAGGCUUGUACUGGACUUAGGGGUGUUGCUGAGAAUGUGCAUCUGACCCACACCGAGGCUGGAGGUGGCACCUGGGAGCUCAAGAGCCCUCACAGUUAGAGCAGGCUCCAAUGAGCACGUUUUAUUUCCUCUGACCCUUUUUCAGUGAUUAGAUUUCUGUAGGCCCCUUCUUUGGGAGGUUUUUGUUUUGUUUUGUUUUUUUAUUUCAAGGUGAGUUUGUAUUUUCACAUAGAUUCUUCUAAUCGCUGUGUAAGGAGCCUGUGCACAGGGAUGGGAUGGUCUUGCAUGAAGGUUCAGAUGUUAAUAGAUGCUAGAAGUUUGUAUCUAUGUAUAUAUAAUUUAUUGAGUCUUUACAAGUUGUAUUUGCCAUAGGGUUAACACUUCUUACGUGAUGCUUCCUCAUUUUAUAGUUUUGACUAUUAUGUUUCAAAACUUGGAAGAAAAAGCAGUGAAUUCACUUUUGUUAUUUUUUUGUACU